GAAGCAUCGGGCGUCAGUGAGCAGCGUUAGAGGAAAAAUGUAACGCGCGUCAGUCGGCCGUAAAUGGCUUUCAUCCGAACCAUGAGGGUAUCUAUCUGGUUACUGUGUUUAUACUGGACUCUUGGAGACGCGAGUUCAGAAGAAAACCUAAGAGAGCUUGACUAUAGGGCCAAAAGGCAAAUCAAUGCACUGCCUUUGGUCUACCCUUAUGGAGCAACUUAUAAGCUCAUCACCGGCUUCACCACCCCCAUAAAAAACGACGACAAGGUCCCCCUGAUCUUCCUGUUCAACUUCCAGUACCAGUACGUCCAGUUCACGAACAUCACGCAACUGUCGCGGUACUACGUCAUCAAUACCGUGUCGAGGGAGCAAAGGAAUGCUGAUGCUGCGGGCAGGAGGGAGGAGAGGGUUCUGUUCUACAGAUCUGUUGCUGAAGUGAUGGACUCAAAGGGUCUGAACGGACGAGAAUGUGUGCUGCGUGCAAUCUGCGAGGCGGCGCAGUUCCCUGUAGAAGAAGAGGGCUUCGUCGGGGAGCUCUUACACGUACUAUUGACACCAGACUACGGUAAAUCUCCCUUCGAAGAAAUAGACGAAGAGUUGAAGGAGACCAUGGCGCCGUACGUGGACGCUGCGGUGGCGGGGCGGCAGAUGUUCAGCUGCGCCUACAUCUACAGCGGCUGUCCCGAGGGCCAGGGCAUCCUGGAGUUCAUCUCGCAGCUGAGAGACGAGUAGCAACUAGACGAAGAGCUGCAGGAAGCCCUGGCGCCGUACGUGGACGCUGCGGUGGCGGGGCGGCAGAUGUUCAGCUGCGCCUACAUCUACAGCGGCUGUCCCUAGGGCCAGGGCAUCCUGGAGUUCAUCUCGCAGUUGAGAAACGAGUAGCAAACAGUUCGAAAUGAAAGAUUUUUCUCUUUCGGUCUCCUAAAACUCAUAAAUGUUAUGAACAUCCUGAAGGCGUGAUUGCACAAAUGAUUACUCCGUGUAAAAGUCCCAAAAACCGUACAGCGGUUGCACUAACGACAUCUCACCUCGUUUACUGUACCUCCUUACUGUAUGAACAAAAAUUGAACACGAAUUUCAGUUGAUAUCAAUCAAUAUUACAAUCAGUGGCUCGAAUUGUAAAUUAGUGUGAAAUUCAAUUAUGAUGACAAUUCAAUUUUCUGCUUCGUAAUAGUAACAGUUGUUGCUGCAUAAUGCAAUUACUGCAUCCCGGUUUUAUUUUGAAUCAUAAAUGUUCGUUGAUUCAUUUAAUUGGCGUUUUGUUUGGGUUGCCGAGUUGAAAAAAUCAUUUGUUGUUAAAUUGUUCAAGAAGAUAGAUAAAUAUGAUCUUCUAUGGCCUAUGAUUUACAUAGUUAUUUAAAGUCAUUAUGUGAUGAUUGGUAGAUUAUCAUGUCUCAAAAUUCUGAAACGGUUGCUUUUCAAAAUUUCAACAUACAUACAUGCAUAUAAUCACGCCUGUAUCCCAUAAACGGGGAAGGCAGAGCACAUGAACUACUAAGUUUCAAUGCCACUCUUGGCAAAAAGGGGUUUAAAGAUUUCAAGGUUAAUCAUUUAUAGGUAGGUAGAUCAAGUAAGCUUUAUUUUGACUUUUUGAAGUUCUGAAGCAACCAAACUUAAGUAUAAUUAUGUAAACGUAUCGUAUGACUGGGUUUCGACUAUUUCUAAAUAAACAGUUUUAACCAU